AUGUCGACACACGAUGAUGGUCCAUCGAAAGCAGCUCCGCAAGUGUCGGAUUUGACUAUAGAGAAUAUUACGCAAAAUGCCAAGCUCGUUAAUAGUGAAACAACGAAUGGUCGAUUAAAAUUUUUAAUGGACAAAUUAAUUGACCACCUUCAUGAUUAUAUUCGUGAAACUCGUUUAACGACGGAAGAGUGGACAGAAACAAUUCGUUUUCUGACUUCAUCCGGACAAAUAUGUAACGAAGUUCGACAAGAAUUCAUACUAUUAAGUGAUAUUCUUGGUGCAAGUGUUCUCAUCGAUGCUUUGAAUAAUCCCAAACCACCAAAUGCAACCGAAUCAACUGUUCUAGGGCCAUUCUACACAGAAGAUGCAGCCGAUGUGGCUAAUGGUGAAAGUAUUGCAUCGCCAAAUAAAGGUGAAAUCUGUCUUGUACUAGCUACAGUUAAGAACACCAAAGGAGAACCAAUCGAAGGUACAAGAAUAGAUGUUUGGGAAACUGAUGGCAAUGGUCUGUAUGAUAAUCAAUAUGAACAUCGAGAGAAACCCGACAUGCGUGGUCGUUUAACCAGUAAUAAGCAAGGUGAAUUCUAUUUCAAAUGUGUCAAACCAGUUUCAUAUGCCGUUCCAACAGAUGGUCCUGUUGGAGGUCUUCUAACAGCACUCCAUCGGUGUGCUUAUCGACCUGCACAUAUACACUUUCGUCUGUCAGUUCCUAACAGUGACUACGAUGACUUAGUUACAGCUUUAUAUAUCAACGGUGAUCCAUAUAUAACUUCCGAUGCUGUAUUUGGUGUUAAAAAGAAUCUUAUUGUCGAUGCAAAUAAAGUCAAUGAUAUAACAUUAGCAAAGAUGUAUGAAGUCAACGAACAAGACUGGCUAAUACGAUACGAUUUCGUCAUGACCACAAAGAAGGAAACUCAAGAAUUGCUUUAA